CUCUUUCCGGAAGUGACGCGCCGGAAAGCGGAAGCGGCGCCAUGAAGCUGCUGACCCACAACCUGCUGAGCUCCCACGUGCCGGGGCUGCGGCCCGGGGGCGGAUUCCCCCUGCGCAUCGAGGCCGCCGAGGUUCGGGUCCGCCCGGUGCCGUUCAACGCCGCUUUCGUGUCCCGGUUGGUGCCGCGGCUGCGCUGGGACGCGCUGCGGGAGGCGGCCGAGAGCCUGGGGCACCCCUCGGAGCUGCCCCCCGAGCCCACCCCCGGCUACGAGGCCGACGAGGAAUUCCUGCGCCGCCUCCACCACGUCCUGCUCGAGGUGGAGGUGCUGGAGGGGUCCCUGCAGUGCCCGGACUCGGGGCGCCGCUUCCCCAUCUCCAGGGGGGUCCCAAAUCUGCUCCUGACCGAGGACGAGGCCUGAGGGGGGGGUCAGGACCCCCCCCCCAAAAUCCAAAAUCCCCCCAAAAUGGCGCUGAGCUCCUCCCCCCGAGGAAGGAUCUGUGGCAGAGCGGGAAAACCCCGAAAUCCCGCGGUUGUACCCCAAAAAUGGGGCCCGAAUUUCAUCCCCCCGUGUUGAAACAACGAGGGGCGUGGUCUGAGAUGCUCAUUUGCAUGUGGGCGGGGUUAUCACUAUGCCCUUCCCCUAUGCAAAUUAGGUCCGUGUUAAUUUGCAUUUUGGGCGGGAAUUGGUUUAUUUCUAUAAUGGGAGAGGAAUUUUCCCUUUUUUUUCCCCAAAUUCCCUUUUCUUCUCCCUAAAUUUCUCUUUUCCUCCCAAAUUUUUAACUUUUGCCCUAAACCCUUUUAUUUUCUCGGGAUUUCACCGUUAUUUUUUCCCCAAAUCCCUGUUUUUAUCCCAAAAUCCUCAGAUUCCUCUCCUUUGCCCUGGUUCCCUCCCUUGUACCCCCAAAUCCGGAUUUUGCUCCAAAAUCUCAUAUUUUCCCCUCAGAUUUUUUUAUAUUUUGCCAUCAAAUCCUCCUGUGUGACCCAAUCCUUUCAUUUUUACCCCUAAAUCCGUCCUUUUCAUUCCAAAACUCCUAUUUUUUCCCCAAAUUCCAUCUCUUUCCCCCGUGUUUCUCUUCCUCGUGUUGUGGCCUGUUGUAUCUGUAAUUAUUCCCAUAAAUUUAAUAAAAAUCCCCUUUUUUUGCCCCGA